UCAGCAGCAUCCCUCCGUCUGUCUGCCGGCAAGUUACAAAGGUAUCUUUUUAUUUGGGGGUUGCUGACGUUUUUUGUGGGCACCCUGAGAAACAACAUGAAGGAUUAUUAUUAAUGCAUGGGACAAUUCUGGACAAACCUGAUUCUCCACCUGUUUCUCAGGAGUUCUUCCCCCGCCUAAUUUUCUUUUCUAUACUUUAAAAAAAAAUCCUUAAAGAUGUGGACCUUCCUGGGAAUAGCCAGCCUCACUUACCUUUACAAGAAAUCCAACACAGUGUUAUCUUACGCUCACAAAGAUCUCGUGAUGGCGGCAGCUCUGUUCCUGGCCGUCGGGCUGCUGCUGGCGUAUGUCAGGUAUUUCCACAGCCACACACUCAGAGUCUCUCAGGUGUUGCAUUUCCCUCUGAGACUGCUGUCCUGUGUGCCUCUUAUCAACCAUGUAGUCCCUCACACUUCAACACAGAGCAGCGAGAAAGCAGAAAACAACUUAAAAAAGAGCCGCAGAACAAGGAGAAGAGUACAAGCAGAAGAGUCCUCUGCGUCACAGAGUGCCUCAGAGAGUGGCUCCUCAGGGGCCCCGGAGCCAGACGUGGUGAUAGUGGGUGCCGGGGUCCUGGGCUCAGCUAUGGCCGCCGUCUUAGCCAAGGACGGACGGAGGGUGACGGUGGUGGAGAGGGACCUGAAGGAGCCGGACAGGAUAGUGGGGGAGCUGCUGCAGCCCGGAGGAUUCAGGGCCCUCAGAGAGCUGGGCCUCGAGGGCUCGGUGGAGGGUCUGGACGCCCACCAGGUGAACGGCUAUGUGAUCCACGACAUGGAGAGCAGCACAGAGGUGGAGAUCCCCUACCCCCAGGGGAAGGACAGCAUCCACUGUGGACGAGCCUUCCAUCAUGGCCGCUUCAUCAUGGGCCUGAGGAGGAGCGCCAUGGCCCAGCCAAAUGUGACAAUGUUAGAAGGCACCGUGACCACUCUGCUGGAAGAGGACGGCUGUGUAACUGGAGUCCAGUUCAGAGAUAAAGAAACCGGAGACAUCAAGAAGAUCCACGCAGGGCUGACUGUGGUGGCCGAUGGCUGCUUCUCCAAAUUCAGAAAGAGUCUGGUCGCUGAGAAAGCUCAAACCUCCUCUCACUUUGUGGGAUGUCUUAUGAAGGACUGUCCCCAGUUUAGAGCCCACCAUGCUGAGCUGGUGCUGGCCAACCCGAGCCCGGUGCUGGUCUACCAGAUCUCCUCCUCAGACACCAGGGUGCUGGUGGACAUCAGGGGGGAGCUGCCCCGCAACCUCUCAGAGUACAUGGCUGAGAACAUAUACCCUCAGCUGCCAGAGCACUUAAAGGAGCCUUUCAUGGUGGCACUACAGAACGACCGCCUCAGGUCCAUGCCUGCCAGCUUCCUGCCUCCCUCUCCUGUCAACAAGCCAGGCGUUCUUCUCCUGGGCGACGCUUACAACAUGAGGCACCCUCUGACGGGGGGGGGGAUGAGCGUUGCUCUUAACGACGUUCGCAUCUGGAGGACUCUGCUCGGCAACAUCCCAGAUCUGUAUGACGACAAGGCAAUGCUGCAGGCAAAAAAAACAUUCCACUGGGAACGCAAGUCAUCACAUUCUUUCGUGGUGAAUGUGUUGGCCCAGGCCCUGUACGAGCUGUUUGCAGCCACAAACGAAUCUCUUCAUGAGCUGAGAAGAGCCUGCUUCCACUACUUCAAGCUUGGUGGAGAGUGCAUUAACGGGCCCAUCGGACUCCUUUCUGUGUUGACACCUAAACCCAUGAACCUUAUUGGACACUUCUUCGCCGUGGCGAUGUACGCAAUCUACUAUAACUUCAAGACAGAGCCGUGGAGCACCAAACCUCGAGCUAUAUUCAAGAGCGGAGCCAUCCUGUACCGAGCCUGCACCGUCAUGUUUCCUCUCAUCUACUCUGAACUCAAGUACCUGGUGUACUGAGCAGCUGUGCGUCCUCACAGGCACCACCCUCAGUCUUCACAGAGAUGGCUGACUAAAGGGACUUUCUAACUGUGCUUCUACAAUAUGCCAUUAGGCGCUUUCACACCGCAGUACUUUUCCCACAAAGGUUCAUCAGAACUUAGUUCAUGAGAACUCUUUAGGAAAAGGGGGUAAAAAGGUUCUCAUGAACUAAUUUGAGUUCCGGCUCUUUUUGGUGUGAACUAUCGGAACUAAAGUGGGAAAAGUACUGCGGUGUGAACGCGCCUCUUGCCUUACUGCAGAUUUCAUCUCCUCAAUGUCCUACUUCAAUUUGGACAUAUUGUUUAACAUUGCCUCAGUGUAGUCCUGUUUGUGCCCGCCCACAGUUUGUCCUAUAUGCUGAAAAUGACAGUACAGUGUGUUAUCUCACAGCCUGAAUUACACUGAAUAUUUAACACUGGGAUUAUUCUCCAACAGAACCACUAUGUUAAACAUGGCAUCUGAAUUGCAUAUAGAUUUUGCGAUAGAGCCACUUUUCCUGCUGAGCUAAUUAGCGCUGCACUAUAUAUGUGAAUCUUUUUGUAAUGAUCAUUUAUAACACAAAUACACCAUUAAUAAUCAGAAGCACUUAUUAUAAAACACACUUUCUGAAUUAUCUUUUUAUAGUUAAUUCAAAAAUCCAGUACAUUUUAAGCCCUGUUUUGUUGAUGAAAAUAUCUGUUAUAUAUUUGUUCAAAUCACACAUUCUUACUCUGUGAUAAUCACUUCCUGCCUUCCUGAUGCUCUUUAUAUAAGGGACUCAUUUUGAUUCCCAAACUAUGAAAUGUGCUGACAGUGCAGCUGACAAAACCAUAAUCCCUGAACUCAAGAAUGAUCCCGGCACUAUUUUAGUCUCGCUGAAUGUCAGUGAAGAGCUGACGCAGCAUGCCUAAGGGGAAGUUUGAAUUUGACGAGGACCUGGAAUGGAAGUCGCUCACAUCAGGACCGAGUCAGCGGAUGAUGCCCAGGAGACGUUCCUCCUGGGCGGACAGACUCCUUCAACACCUGCUCUCUGUGUUUACCUGUGCCUGUGUUGGGCUUGAUGGGCCGUUAAAUAAAACAUGAUAGACAACACUCACUUUUUACAACAGAA